AACAAAACAUUGACAGUUGAGGUAAACAGAGCCGCGGUGAGCAAGAAAACGCUCGCCUGCAAAACGAAAGAACGGAUUAAAACAGUACCGAGGCAAGAGGACCAUAUUUUAACGUAAUUAGCCUGCUCGACGAUUGUGGGUGCCAAUUUGGAGGAUUGCUCGGAUCAAAUUCACAAACGGAGGCAUGUUUUGCUGCCUCAAGAACUGUCUGAAUGGGGUACUGCCGCCUCAGACGGUGCAGAUUCGGCGAGAACAGGAUCCAAUCCAACUGGAUACGUCACAUAUGGGCCACGAGGUCGUCGUGAUAAAGGGUGGCCAGCGGGCUUGCGGCUCCGGUGGCGUCAUAGCCAACACCCCACUGCUGCAGUCCAAAUCGUACUUCGAGGUGAAGCUCCAACAGGGCGGCCAAUGGUCGGUGGGACUCGCCACUCAGCAGACAGAUCUGAACCAAACUAAGGGCGGCUUCGACAAGGAAUCGUGGUGUCUUACCUCGGACAACGCCAUCUACCACAACGCAAAGCCGCUGCACAAACUGGAAAAACGACCCGAGCAGCAGGAAAACAACGCCAAGCUGGAACUGGGAUCAGAUCUGGCCAGGCUCGAGUCCAGCGUGAGUUCCACGCUUGUCAACACCACUGGAAUACCUCAGGAGGGAGACACGAUCGGGGUGGCGUACGACCACGUGGAGCUCAACUUUUAUCUCAACGGUACUAACCUGAACGUCCCAGUGUUGAACGUCCGCGGGACGGUCUUUCCCUGUCUGUACGUAGACGACGGAGCCAUCCUGGAUAUUGUGCUGGACAACUUUAGCUACAGUGUACCACAGGGCUUCGAGAGGAUCUUGAUUGAACAAUCGCUGCUAUGAUUUGGUGACGUGGCAGUCACUUUGUUGAUAAUGUACCCUUCAUUCCUCGUCUUUUUCUAAGGUCCAACUAAUUACGGCUACACGAACAUGUUAACCUAAACUCGUUGACUAAAUAUUAAAAUCCAAACAUAUUACGUCCAUUAUACCGUAUUAUUUACCAUCAGAUUCCAAAACAUUUCUUUAUUGGAAACGACUAAAUUUUAGCUAGCGAAUUUGUACCAAACGGCUAUAAUUAAAAUUAGACGACAGAACAAACAUGUUUGCUACCAAGUCUAGUAACCUCCUUUACAGCAUGGAUGAAAACAGACAUAAAACUAAUAGAACGCAAGUAUAUUUUGCUAACAAUAUAAACGAGCUAACCUUAGAAACGUUUACAACACACAAUUAUUUUCCUUUGUACCUUUGCGCACGUGUCAUAAUUAAGCUCUUGAUCUAAACAAUAAUAAUACCAGGCUAGAUGUCAGGAAGAAACAGACGAAACCUUCAACGGCAGUGUGUUUGAAAUGUACUGAUUGUGAAUAAAUACUAUUUAUAUGAAUCGAAACAA